CGGCCCGUCUCCGCGCUCACCGCGCCUGCGCUCUCCGCUCCUGCCUUCUUUCUUCAGCCGAGGCCGCUGCUGCCUCUCCUUUCCGCAGCCAUGGAGUCCUCCACUUUCUCCUUGGUGUCUGUCUUCGCCCAGCUGAACGACCUCCAGAGCCUCCCCCCAGCUGUUGGUGCAGCCUCCUUUACUGCCAUCCGUGCCCUGCACCUGUGCUGCAGCUAUGUCACUCCUGGCGACCCUGGGGCUGGAGCUGGACAGGGCCCUGCUCCCAGCUAGCGGGCUGGGUUGGCUCCUAGACUAUGGGAAACUCCCCCUGGCUCCUGCCCCCCUGGGCUCCUAUGAGGUCCUUGGGGGAGCCCUGGAGGGCGGGCUUCCAGGGGGGGGAGAGCCCCUGACAGGUGAUGGCUUCUCUGACUGGAUGACUGAGCGGGUUGACUUUACAGCUCUCCUCCCUUUGGAGCCUCCCUUACCCUCAGGUGCCCUCCCCCCACCUUCCCCAUCCCCACCUGACCUGGAAGCCAUGGCCUCCCUCCUUAAGAAGGAGCUGGAGCAGAUGGAAGACUUCUUCCUUGACACCCCACUCCUCCCACCAUCCUCCCCACCACCGCAGCCACAGCCGCCACCACCACCACCACCGCCACCACCACCACCACUACUGGCACCCUCCCUUCCUCUCCCCCUCUCCCCCUUUGAAAUUCCCCAGCCCCCUGCCCUGGACACCCUCGACUUGCUGGUCAUGUACUGCCACAAUGAGGCUGGGCAGGGGGAUGCGGGAUUGGCUCCCCUUCCCCCAGCACAGCAGCCCCCUCCUCCACCUCAGCCCUCUCGUCCUGCCCCCUUCCCUAAUCCUGCCACCACCCGAGGGGACCGAAAGCAAAAGAAGAGAGACCAGAACAAGUCAGCUGCUCUGAGGUACCGCCAGAGGAAGCGGGCAGAGGGUGAGGCCCUGGAGGGUGAGUGCCAAGGGCUGGAGGCACGGAACCGGGAGCUGAGGGAGAGGGCCGAGUCUGUGGAGCGGGAGAUCCAGUAUGUCAAGGAUCUACUCAUCGAAGUGUACAAGGCUCGAAGCCAGAGGACCCACAACAGCUAGAUGGGCAGGGGCUUUGGCUGGCUGUAGGGGGUGCUGGUCUUCAGCUCUGGCUCACCUGUUUUCGGGGCUGACAUGGGAGGGUCCCUCCAUCUUCCCUCUGUCUCCAAUUUCUUUCCAUCCCCCACUUUCUCCUUUUAUCCUUGUGUCCUGUCUUGCCCCUCUCUGAUUUUGCUCCCAUCCUCCUCUGGCAUGUCUGGCCUUAGUCAACAUGGACACUUCUCAGGUGACAGCUGAGGGACUGAGGCCCCCGGGGAGUUCAGGGAGGAGGGGAGAACUUGGACACCUGUCUCUCGAACAGGGGAGCGAGGCCAGGAAACUAUGUAGAAUGACUGUGCAAAUGAGGACAGGAGAGCCACCUGGGGAAUAAGUCAGGGAGGGUUUUAAGAAUGGCACCCAUGUAGUAAUAUAAGCAAAAAAGAAAAAGCAAGCCAGGUGACCUUGGGAAACUACAGUUGGGCAGGGAGCCCAAAGGUGGCCAAGUUCACAGAGCUGGGGUUGGGGAGGCAGAUGGGAAGGCAGGCAGGGCGGGUGGGGCCAUAGUUGGUGACUGG